AUGGACGACGGUCCUCCUCCUCCGCCGCCUCCGCAUGGCGCCAAUCCAAAGACCACAGAAGGUAGCCAUGCACCUCCUCCCGGCCCAAGCGGCGGCCUGCCACCAGGCAACUAUGACAUCUUCAUCAUCCCGCCGCACUCUUCAGGGGGGGGCUUCAUAUAUCUCCCUAGCAUGGGCGUCCAGCAGAACAGCUUCAUCGCGGGCGUGCUCAGCACCAUCGCGAGCAUCCUGCUGUGGAAGGCUGCCGAGCCCCACGUCAAACAAUAUUUCCUCAUAGUCCGACAUGGAGUGUCGACCGGUGGCAAUGGCGUCAUACUGCUGGCCGUCUUGAUGCUGUUUGCCGGAUGGGCGGUUGGCCAGACACAAGCUGGUGGCCGUUUUAGCAGUGGUGGAGGGGGCUACAAUGGUCGCGGCGGAGCUGGUGCCGGCGCUGGAGCAGGUGCAAACACACCAGGUGGAAGCUCAAGCUAUCAACGUGCACCUCCGCCGCCGCCUCCGAAUGGCGGCUUCCCCGGUAGUCCUCCACCUCACGGUGGAUGGAGUGGAUAUCGCCAAUACGCUGGCUCACCGCCGCCACCACAAGACGACGAGUCUUUUUUUGACGAAGAGGCUGAGCGAGCCGAGCAAGAACGCAAAGAGGCCGAGGAGAAGGAGAAGAGGCGGAAAGAAAAGGAGGAGCAGCAACGGAAAGAGGAUGAAGAACGCAAGCGGAAGGAGGAUGAAGAGCGCAAACGGAAGGAGGAAGAGGAAGAACGCAGGCAAGCCGAAGAAGCCAAGAAGAAGCAGGAAGAGGAAGAAGCCGAGCGUAAGCGGGCUGAGAAAGCAGCGAAGAAGAAGAAGCAGCAGCAAGAGGAGGAGCAUAAGAGGAAACAAGAAGAAGAACACAAGAGGAUGCUUGAGGAGGAAGUACAAAGGAAGCUGAAGGAAGAGCUCAAGAAGGCCAAGGAGGCUGAGGAGGCAAAGCGAAGACAAGAAGAAGAGGAACGCAAGCGUGCCGAGGAGGCCCAACGGCAAGCCGAAGAAGCUCAAAGGCAGGCUGAAGAAGAAGCCAGACGAAAGCGUGAAGCUGAAGAGCAAAGGCUAGCCGAAGAGGCCAGGAAGCAGCGCGAGGCAGAAGAAGCGCGACUUGCCGAGGAGGAGAGGAAACGACAAGAAGAAGCUGAGCGACAACGUAUCGCAGAAGAGGAACGCAAGGCCGAAGAGGAGCGCAGACUGGCGGAAGAGGCUCGACUGCGAGCUAUCGAGGAGAAGAAGAAGAAAGACGAGGAAGACCGCAGACGAGCAUGGGAAGAACUCAAGCGCGCAGAAGAAGCCCGCCAAAAGAAGGAGGCAGAAGAGAAGGCCAAAGCAGAGGCUGCUAAGGCUGCCAAAGCCAAAGCCGAAAAGGAGAAGUGGGAGCAGAUGCGGAAGCGUGAGCGCGAGCAACGCGAACGCGAAGCACGAGAGCGCCUUGCCAAAGAGAAAGCUCGCAAAGAACAAGAAGCUAUCGAAAAGGAGAAGGCAGAGCGAGAGGCUCGUGAAGCUGAAGUCCGCGCAGCCGUCGAGAAAGAGAUACGCGAGAAGCUCGAAGCCGAGGCAAGAGCCAAAGCCGCCGAAGAAGCUGCAAAGAAGGCUGAACAAGAGAAGAUUGCCGCCGAGGAGGCUGCCGCCAAAGCAAAGGCUGAAGCUGAAGCUGCUCUUGCAAAAGCCAAAACAGAUGCCGAGCGUGCUGAACGACUCAAGGCAGCCCGUGAGCGUGCCCAGAAAGAUCGUGAAGCCCGUGAAGCCAAACUCAAAGCAGAGGCAGAACGCAUCAAGGCCGAAGCUGCUGCUGCUGCUGCCACAGCAGCCGUCCCAGACCUCACAGCUCGACGAUCAACCACUUAUGGCAACGUCGGUGGCGGUGAACGCCUCGAUCCAUAUGCGGGUGCCAGAGCUACGCCCCCUCCGCCCGCCGCUUCAGUCACAUCGACGCACUCUUCCCCCAUCAAAGCGACCGUCACACCCAAGAAACCAUAUGAACGUCCCUCGGCGAAGACAUACCAGCCAAGUGAAAGCGAUGCUGCGUCCUUUGCCCCACCGCGUACUUCCACCGCGCCUCCUCGCUCCACAGCAACACGCUCGCAUGUCUCUUCCGCAUACUCCGAGUCGAGUUAUGCGCCCAGUCAGAUGUCGCAAUCUACCACUCGCACAUCACCUCCUGCGUCGAGGUCAGGGCCGUAUUCCACGGCGGACCCGAACAAGAUUGUCAUCAAGGCGGUGUAUCUCUUCAACGACUUGUUUCCUAAACCUGUCGCCCAACUCGUUUCCAACGUGGGCAAGGUAACAGACGGACUCAUCCUCAAAAUACAAUCUGAAGGUCUGUUUAUCGACGACGACGUGAGAGGUAUCCCUCAAAGAGAAUGGGAUGUCAAGGCUUGGACGCUCAAAAUGGUCGAGACUGGUAAACAGCCCGCGAAAAAUCUACACAUUCUCCGUGCCUCGGUGCGUGAUGCAGAUGGCAAGAAAUACGUCUUCCUUAUCGAUGAAACAGAGAGCUGGAAACUGGCUCUUGGACUCCAGAGAUUGAGGAAGGGUAGUCAGGUCAGGAGUUUGCAGAGUGCACAGAUGGCGCCAAAUGAGAUGGCGAGGGUGUUGAAUGCUGUGCCGCCUAUUGCGCUAUAA